AAGAGAAAUGUACUGGAAACACAAAAUAAACUAAACCAUGCAGAAGAAGUUAGAACAGCUCGUAAAACUACACAUGAUUUCAUGCUCCUUAGGGAAACACGUUUUACUCGCAGACAAAGAAUGGUACCAUCGUCGUAUAGUACCAUCUUGUUUCGCAAAAGGAAUAAUGAGAUUAAGAUUAAAUCGUUUAGGACAUAUGGCUUAAACCAGCCGAAGUAGUACGGCGAGUUUCUUCGUUAAACGCUUAUCUGCGACGUACUUUGGUUAUACAGUUUGUUAUACAGUUUCAGAGGCGGGAUAUGUGGUUAGAUAUAUGUAGGAAGGCAUACCGAUCGGGUGUGUAUGACCUGUAACAAAUCGGACUCGGCGACUCGCCUUUCAGCCUGUUCACUGAUCUAACGUCUGUUUUACAAGUUCUAUUAUGGAUAAGCAAUGCAAAAGAGAUACGUUUAACAAGGCCAAGGUUGAGUUACAUGUACACCUAGAUGGUGCCUUCAAGUUGUCCACCAUUUUGGAUGUGGCAAAAAGACGGGGCAUCACCCUCCCCGCCACCGAGGAUGAGUUUCGGAUAGUGUGCACGAUGAGCGAGCCUUCCUCGCUCACCAACUUCCUGUCCAAGUUCGAGCAGUACAUGCAUGUCAUCGCUGGAGACAGGGAAGCCAUUAAAAGAGUAGCAUAUGAGUUUGUGGAGACAAAAGCCAAGGAGGGUGUGGUUUAUGUGGAGGUGAGGUACAGCCCCCACCUCCUGGCCAACUCUGUGGAACCAAUACCGUGGAAGCAGGAGAAGGGGGACCUGACGCCCGAUGAAGUUGUCCGUCUAGUUAACCAGGGCCUCAAAGAGGGGGAGAAGGCCUUCGGGAUCAAAGCCAGGUCCAUUCUGUGCUGUAUGCGGCACAUGCCAAAUUGGUCCAUGGAAGUGAUUGAGAUGUGUAAGAAGUACCGCAAUGACGGAGUGGUAGCAAUUGACCUGGCUGGUGAUGAGUCCUUGAACUGUGUGGCCAACCCAGGGCACAGGAAGGCAUAUGAGGAAGCUGUCAGAAGCAAUAUUCACCGCACUGUCCAUGCAGGAGAAGCGGGUCCAGCCAGUGUAGUGAGGGAGGCUGUAGAAGUCCUGAAAGCAGAACGGAUAGGACAUGGUUAUAACACAGUCAACGAUCAGCAAUUGUAUAAAAAACUUCUGGAGGAGAAAAUGCAUUUUGAGAUGUGCCCUUACUCUAGCAAGAUAACAGGAGCAUGUGAUCCAGACUUCACAAAGCAUCCUCUCAACAGGUUUAAGAAAGAUAAUGCCAAUUUCUCUCUGAACACGGAUGACCCUUUAAUAUUCGACUCGUCCUUGGAAACUGACUAUCAGAUCGCAAAGGAAUACAUGUCUUUUACCGAAGAAGACUUUAAGAGAGUGAAUAUAAAUGCUGCCAAAUCCUGUUUCUUGCCAGAAAAGGAGAAGAAGGAGCUGCUUCAUCUCUUGUACCAGGACUAUGGAAUGAUUGAGAAGACUAGCUUUUGAACAGCAAUUUAAAAAAAAAACCUUAAAAAUACUUUCAAGAUAACAGCCCACUGGCUGCUCCCACAUAAAGCCCAAAACUGAAGGUUGGCCAGUGAUGGAAAUUGCGAGUGCAGCCUAGAUUAAUCUGCAACUCGUCACUAAUUAAUAUAUUAAUCCAAAUGUGUUAUUUUAAGUGGACGAUUUGACAAUAAUGCAGCUCGUCUGCAUAAUUGCAGCUGCAAAAUGCUGCUUGAUUUGACCAAUAUUUUUGGCACAACUUUAACUUUAGCUAUUUAGAAAACGAUCAAUCAAAAUCAGAUCAGUUGGAUUUUUGGCAAUCUGUUGGUGAUUAGGUAAUUAGAACAAACACAAAAAAAUCUAACGUAGGUCAGGUAGAACUUUUCACAGGAUAUUGUAAAUGUGCAUCUUAAAACAAGAUCUAAUAUUAUGUAAAGAUGUCUGUACAAUAUGACAAACCAUAUUACAUAAAGUUAUCCAUGGUCGUGGUGAUGUAAUACUAUAGUAUCAUAAUAUUUUUAAAACGUAUCAUAUUUUUGGCUGUGUAUGUCUGUGCUAAAGCGUGCCUCAUUACUGCUCAUAAUAUAAAUGAUGGCAUUAGGAAAGGUGAGGUGUUUGUGGGGGAAUAGCUUUAUUAUGGUGAUUAGUGGUUCAUGACUCUAAGUCAGAAUCACAAGGGGGCUUCAGUAUAUCCCAGGCAGCACAAGACACAAAACCUAUAUAAUUACAGGCUUCCAGUCUGGUUUACACUUCAGUGGAUAGUUCAUCUGGGUAAAUUCAGCUGCCAUGACUUUCUAAGUCAGGCUCUUAUUGUGUCAGAGCUGCACAGAAUUUCCUCUUCGUUAAACAGGAGGAGAACAAUUACAUUCCUUACGGCCUGAUGGCUGUUGUGAUUUUUAACUUUUUUAUAUUAAAGCAAUUGUACACAGAGA